AUGGCUUCUCUAAAAAAAGCACCCAAUCAUAUAAGAAGGGAGUUUAAUUGGAUUAAAAAAACUAGCGCCCAAAAACCUUUAUCAGAAUUAUUAACCAAUGUUAUAGUACAUGGGAAGAACGUAGAGCAGUUACACUUAACAACUAACAACAACAACAACAACAACAACAGUUAUAAUGGUGCCAGCAAUAAUACCGGAAGCAAGCCAAACAAUAAUAUCAUCCCCACUGUCACAGGCAGCACCACCGCUAAUCAGGACACAAAAAAAAUAGCAACAGUAUCCGGAAACUAUGUAGUCCCUAGUAUGCCAAAAAUAACAGACCAAAGAUCCGUACUGCCGACAAACAAGGAGAAUAAAAUUAAUAACCAAAAUACAAACUCUAAGUCUAUUUUUCAUGCUAAAACUGAUAGUAUUACCAGCACUACUAAUAUUCAGAUUUUGAGCAACAAUACCGAUAUACCAAAACAUUCAAACAUAGACAGGCCGUUAGCAUCUUUUAAUCAAAACACUGAUAUCACAAAACUAUUGAGUGUGCGUAAUACAAAUACACAAAGAAAUACCAUCACAGGGAAUUCCGGUGAAUCCAAUGGUUCAGAACAAUUUAUAGAUUUAACACAAGAACAUCCUACUCGGAUGGGGAAAAGAGCACCAUGUUCAGUGCAACAAGUUUUUCAUACUAAUGCCAAUCAAAUGAAUGUUAGGAAAAAUUUUUCCAAUCUUAAUGCUAAGAAUAACACUCAUGAAGAAAUUAUCAAGAAACAAGAUCAACUUAUUACAGAGUUGAAAAAUCAAAGCUAUUUUUUAUCUCAAAAAUGCGACAUUAUCAUUUCUACCUCUUUAUGUGAAGAUGCAAAAAAAGCUAGACUAAAAAAUACAAUUAAUCCUGCGUUGAAAAGUAUAGAAGAUAAUAUUACUAAGUUAACUGAGUUUAUAACUACCAUUAAAUCCGAGACCUCUAAUAAUAACAUGAUUUCCAAGUCUUCCUUUUCAGAACCUACUACAAUACCCGUAUCUGCUAUAAAUAAUAACGUAAAAUCAUCGCCUAGUAUUAAUAACAAGGAAAAUAGUAAUACUGUUAGUAAUAAGAAUGAUACUACUACAGUUGCUACUCCCAAUAUCGCUACUAAUAGUGGUGUUAUUACGACCAGUAGUAAUGCUAUGAACAUCUCACCCGAAAAAGUGUCUCAAACAGUUGCUGUAUCAUCUAGAGGAAGAAAUUUAAGAAAAUUAUGCAAAAAACCAAAUUAUAAAAUACCCGCCAUGGAUGAUCCAUUUUCUUAUAACAUGGCUAAUAAAAGCUCACAAUUAAGUGAACAAGAUAUUACAGAUAUAGCAGAAAUGGAGGAUUCACACUAUUUAUCUAGUGAAAGGGGAGAUGGCGAAGAAGAAGAUUUACAUUCUAGUGAUAAGGAUUUUAUAGAUGAUGAGAUAGAGAAAUGUUUACAAGAAUCACAAGAUCAGACAUACGAAGAAGAUUAUAAACUGAGUAAUGAAGAUUUUCCUAGUCCUAGCAACAGUCACAAUACUACUUAUGCAACUAACUUACCCUCAAACAGGUAUGUUAAUAAGGAAGCACGUGAAUCUGACGAUGGAAAGUUUUAUGAUGCUUCAGAUGUCCUCGUUACAGCUGAUGCAGAUAUGCAAAUACGUAGUGAUAAUCACGCUGUGCUUAUGAAUUCACAGUCUUCAAUUAUUGAAGAAAGUCAUAUAAAUAGCAAUAAUGCUAAUAAUAUGGUGGAAGUUAUGAAUAAAUCUCCGGGAAAAAACGAAAAACUUUUAUUAUCUUCUACGCAAAAUAAUAAAAAUAUGGUUUCUGCCACCGUAGAAAACAAUUCUGAUCCAUCAAGACAUCUUCAGAUAGACUUGGUUGCGGAUAAUUCUGAAUUAUCCGAUUAUGAUUAUGAUGAACUAAUAAAUGAUCCUAUUCUGCAAACAGUAAAGGCACCAUCUAAACGAGACCUGACCAAGCCAACAGAAACUGUCAAUAAAAAGACUGAAAACGAUAAUUGCCGAACAAUUUCUGAUGCUGAGCCUUUAUUGUAUCGUAGCCAAAAUAAGAAUGCGCAUAAGGACACGUUGGAUUAUUUAGAAAAUUUGGAUUCUGAUGACUACGAUGAUAACGAUUAUAACAACGCUAUGGAUUUUAAUGACGAUUUUGAAGCAGAAAGAGAAUAUUAUACACAGCACACUAAUUUAAAAGAUUUGGACGAUGAUUUAAGGAUUAUUUCAGAAAUGAAGUUGAAAACUCCACCUUUGGCCGACCAAGUUGUUGUCAAAAGGGAAGUUCCGAGUAACUCUACUUUGAAGGUACCAGAGAUCGCUAAUAACAAAGAACAUAUUGGUACCAUGAACAAUAGCAAUGACCAUGUUAUAGGGUUAAGCGAUUUUUCCGAGGAUAGUGAUGACGACAUUUCUAUAAGUGAUAUUGUCAGUAGAAAAACUAAGUCUUUACCAAAUAAAGCGAUCAGAAAGACGUAUCCUUGGUCUAAUGAAGUAGAGGCUAGACUACAACAAAUCUUUCAUUUAAACGGGUUUAGACCCAACCAGUUAGAAGCGGUAAAUGCUGUUCUAGAUGGAAAAGACGUGUUUGUUUUGAUGCCUACUGGUGGCGGUAAGUCUUUAUGUUAUCAAUUACCAGCGGUUGUCAAUUCUGGGAAAACAAAGGGCACUACAAUUGUUAUUUCGCCUUUAAUUUCUUUAAUGCAGGAUCAAACAGAACAUUUAAUGGCAAAGAAUAUUCCUAGCGGUAUGAUCAGUUCCAAAGGUAAUUUGGAACAGAGAAGAUAUAUGUUUAAUUUAUUUAUUGAUGGAUUGUUGAAGUUAGUUUACCUAUCACCAGAAAUGGUGGGUGCAUCACAACAAUGCAAAAGGGCCAUUGAUAAAUUACAUAGAGAUGGAAAUUUGGCACGAAUAGUUAUUGAUGAGGCGCACUGUGUUUCCAACUGGGGGCAUGAUUUCAGACCAGAUUAUAAACAAUUGAAGUGGUUUAAGGAAACAUACCCUGACGUACCUAUGAUGGCGUUGACUGCUACAGCAAGUGAACAGGUUAGAAUGGAUAUUGUACAUAAUUUGGGGCUAAGAAAUCCAGUUUUUUUGAAACAGAGUUUUAAUAGGACAAAUUUGUUGUACAAAGUUGUUAAAAAGAAUAAAAAUGCGAUGUUUGAACUGGGAGAGGCAAUUAAAACCAAAUUCAAAAACCAAUCAGGUAUUAUCUAUUGUCAUUCGAAAAACUCGUGCGAGCAAGUGUCUUCCUACUUAAUUAAUAAUGGUAUUAAAGCUGCGUUUUAUCAUGCUGGUAUGGAGCCAGAUGAAAGGUUGCAUAUCCAAAAAGCUUGGCAAGAAGAUAAACUUCAAGUUAUCUGUGCUACAAUUGCAUUUGGCAUGGGUAUUGAUAAACCAGACGUUAGAUUUGUAUAUCAUUUUACAGUUCCGCGAACUUUGGAAGGCUACUAUCAAGAAACGGGUCGUGCUGGUAGAGAUGGAAAAUUUUCUGAAUGUAUUAUGUUUUAUAAUUUUAGAGACGUCAGAACAAUUCAAACAAUGAUCCAAAAGGAUAAAGAGUUGGAUAGGGAUAAUAAAGAGAAACAUUUAAAUAAGUUACAACAGGUUAUGCAAUACUGCGAAAAUACUACCGAUUGUAGACGUAAGCUGGUACUAUCAUAUUUUAAUGAAAAUUUUGAUGCCAAGGAUUGCCAUAAAAGAUGUGAUAACUGUUUAAAUGGUGCACAUAAUGAGACCGAAGAAAGAAAUGUUACGGAUAAAGCUGUGAAUAUAACAAAAAUGAUUAAAGAAAUCGAGCACAAUAAAGUUACGCUACUUUAUUGUCAAGAUAUUUUUAAGGGUUCAAGGAAUUCCAAAAUUGUGCAAGCUGGGCAUGAUAAUCUAGAAUAUCACGGAAUGGGUAAAUCUAUGAAUAAAUCCGAUUUAGAAAGAAUUUUUUUCAGGUUAGUUACAGAUCAAGUAAUACAAGAAUAUUCGGUGAUGAAUGGGCGCGGAUUUGCAUCCAACUAUGUUAGAUUAGGCCCGAAUGCGAGAAAGUUAUUGAAUGGGAAUUUGCAAAUCAAAAUGAAAUUUUCAAUAUCUAGACCGAGUACUUCAGUAACCACGAACAACAACAACAACAACAAUAAUAACUUUGCACCUAACAGCGAACAAGUAAUAAGGACCAACACCCGUUAUGAUACUGUUGGGACAACGGCUUCAUUUACCAAUGCCAGAGAUCAUUUAAGAGCUUUGUCAUAUAAUGAGGACCUAUACAAUGAGCAACAGCGGCAUAGACAGAUACAGGCUACACGCAUUAAUUUAACUUCUUCUGUAAACAAUGUUUUUUCAACCGAACAACUGUCUAAUAUUACCGAAGCGUAUAAUAAGUUGAAAGAAAUAGCUAUUAAAAAAAAGGAAUUUCUGGGUAUAAAUAAAUUGCAUACAUUUAUCACAGAACAGGCAUUAAGAAACGCAGCAAUACAUUUACCAACAACAAAACAAGAAUUUGGAAAAUUAGAAGGAUUGGGACCAAGGCAAGAGAAUAGGUUCAUACACUUUAAAAGCACUUUAAUAGAAUUGAAAAAUACAAGAGAUGAAAUUAUGGGGCAUCUUGAUGCUAUGGAAGAAGAUAUGAUUGUGGAAACUACUGGCGGCACGAACAUGACUAAUAAUCUGAAUAUUAGUAAUAGCCACAACAGCACAGGUCAUUCAUCCAGAUUUUUUAUUCCAAAUGAAGAAGAGGAAAAACACAGACUUGAGUUGGUUGAAAAAAUUAGGGAAAGUCAAAGUGUGCUGCAAUCAUCGACUCAAAAAUCAACACAAAAAAGUGGCAAAUAUAACGGUAGUGGUAGCACUAAUACUAAUAAACGUAGAUCUAAGUAUAAAAGGAGUUUUUAUUCGAAAAAAAGAAAGAAAACUUAG